ACGCAAACUAGACACGCCAUUUAUGGAUAUUAGAUCAAAAGUCUUAACGAGUUCAGCUUUCGGUGACGAACGUGGCUUACUUGGGAUGGUAUUUCACCCAAAAUACAGGGAAAAUGGUCGUCUCUUUGUUUAUUACAUCACCAAAAAAGUCGGCAACAAGAAGAAGACGGAUCCCAAAGAGUGGUGGUUGGGCACUAGUGUCGCAGUCCUUAGCGAGUGGCGGGUCUCUGGGGCGGAUUUGAAUCGUGUUGACCAGCACUCCGAAAAAGUUCUCAUGAGUAUAGAGCAACCUAAAGGCAAUCACAAUGGUGGUCAGCUGUUGUUUGGUAAAGAUAAAUACUUGUAUGUUUUUCCUGGGGAUGGUGGCGCAGCCGGGGAUCCAUUUGGAAAGUUUGGAAAUGCUUUGAAUAAGUAUGUACCCAUUGCUUCGUGUUUUCUCGAUUGAAUUUUAUCUGCCUAUAAGACACAAUGUGACGCCGGGUCAGUCGGGGGCGGGAUUUAUCGUAACUUUUACUCUUCAAAAACUCAAUAAUUCAUGAGGAAAACACAAAGAAAAAUCAUAAGCGUGUCGUAUCUUUAUAUGUGAUAGAGAUUUCCCUUGAUUCACAUAAACUUUAACUUUGAUUUCUCAACUUACACAACGUAUUUUUUGAAAAUUACUUCGCCAAUGAACUUACUAGAUCGAUCGUUUUUUAAGCAAUUUAAAACAUUCGCAGUGCGUGUUUUAUCAGACCUAAAGAUACAUGACUUCGCCUCCUAUCUUAAUAUCUGAUAAAACAAUGAUGCUCAUGUUUUAUCUAGUACUUAAAAUACUCAUUAAUAAUUCAUAAACCUUGUGGCAAAUCAUGUCAGCCAUAAUAUGUCACGUGGAGUGACUUUAUAUCUGAUAAAACACAUGCGGCAUUAUAUAAUUGUUCAUCCUAAUUAGUAUUCUUUUGUAGUCGUAUUUUAAGCUAUUCAAAACACUCGUUGUCGUGUUUUAUCAGAUAUAAAAAUUUUAUAUCUGAUAAAACACUCCUACUCGUGUUUUAAAUAGUACUUAAGAAAUUUUGCACUGAGCAUCACUGUUUUGCUAAUAUCUCGUGAAAUUACAAAAGGAUAGUUCAUUUUUCGUCGGGUUUCGUCUUUCUUCAAACUACACACGUAAAAAAUCUCACAAGUCUGCCAACAAGCCGUCAGCAAAUCGUCUUCGCACUGCUUGUCACAAAUUGUCAACAAGUUUGGAACAACUUGUUGACAACUUGUAACAACCUUGUCGAAAUUAUCAGACUUGUUGCAAGGUUGUUCUGACAAGUCCGUUACAUGCUUGAUAUAACAAGAUUGUUACAACCUUGUGUUGACAACUUUGAAACAUCUUUGUUAUAUCAUGGUUGUAACAAACUUGUUAGCACGAUCUUGUAACAAGGCUGAUAAUGCCAUCAAGCUUGUUACAAGUUGUUAACAACUUGUUCCAAACUUGUUACAACAAACUGGGAACAAGCAGUGCGAACACAACUUGUCGACAGCUUGUGAACAGAUUUGUAACAACUUGUUUGCAGACUUGUUACAAGCUGUGCGUUUUUACGCAUGUAAGUGAAUUGUUUUCAUGUUUUUAAAACAACAAUGCUUGGUUACCUUUCGGUCACCACAGUGACUGUUACUGAAUUUCUUACACAGGUCAACUCUUCUCGGGAAAGUACUACGCGUCGACGUCGACAAAGCGAAGCCCUACAGCAUUCCACCAGACAAUCCGUUUGUUAAUGAAUCGCAGACGUUGCCAGAAAUUUAUGCAUACGGUCUCCGCAACCCGUGGCGUUGCUCCGUCGACCGUGGGGAAAGAGGGAGUGGUUAUGGCAAGGGGAGAAUAUUCUGUGGCGAUGUGGGGCAGAAUUCGUUUGAAGAGAUAGAUAUUAUUGUGAAAGGAGGAAACUACGGUUGGAGAGGACGCGAGGGUUUCAAAUGUUAUGAUAGGAAGAUUUGUAGGACUUCGUUACUUGGUAAGUCUGACGUCAUUGUGGAAUUACGUCAUGAGUAGGACGUUAUACUUUAUUAUUAAUCCUUUGCCAACUUUAUUUACACUGAAUAGCUAUAUCAGUUCUAACCUGUUCUCCCUAUAGGUCCAGUAAGGAUCUAUUGAUCCAGUGUUGCUACAGGAGGAAACCUAAACUAAACUAACUUUAUUUAUACGUACUGGAUAGCUCUAUCAGUUCUAAAAUGUUCUUCCUAAAGGUCCAGUAAGGAUCAUUUCUUAUUGAUCCAGUGUUACUACAGGAGGAAACCUAAACUAAACUAACUUUAUUUAUACUGGAUAGCUCUAUCAGUUCUAAACUGUUCUUCCUAGAGGUCCAGUAAGGAUCAUCUCUUAUUGAUCCAGUGUUACUACAGGAGGAAACCUAAACUAACUUUAUUUAUACUGGUUAGCUCUAUCAGUUCUAAACUGUUAUCUCUGGAGGUCGAGUUAUGGCUUUUUUCGAUUGGUGCAAAGUUACCGUUUAAAACUGAUAAAGCUAGGUUCAGUCAGACCAUCUCUAUUGGUCCAGUGUUACUUGAGGAGGAAACUCGAGUACUUGGUAUACAAAACCUGCAGUGGUUUGGGAGAGUCAAAACUGUAAGCACUCUUCUCACAUGGGAUUGAGGUGGUAUCAGAAUAUUAAAAGUUCUCAAGUUACAGUAUUGUUUUCCAGCCAACGAAGUGUUUCCAAUUCACGCCUACAGUCACAAAAUCGGACAGUCAGUCGUUGGAGGUUACGUGUAUCGUGGCUGUAAAUAUCCCAAAAUGAGAGGCCUGUACUUCUUUGCUGAUACGAUGAAUGGGUGAGUCCAUAAACGUUUCACUAAGCAAUGUCACACAGUACACACGUAAAAACGCACAAGUUGUAACAAACCUGCAGCAGACUUGUAGCAAUGUUUGUCCAACAACUUGUCAACAGGAUGUGUUCGCACUGCUUGUUCCCAGCUUGUUGACAAUUUGCUACAAGGUUGUUGAGCUCAACAGACUUGUUACAAGUUGUUCCAACAACUUGUUAUCGUCCUGCAAUUCAACAAUUUGUCAACAAGUUGUGAGUGACAACCUUGUAGCAACUUGAUAAAAUAACAACAUUGUUACAACUUGUUGACAAGCUUGCUACAAACCUAAUGGUCUCGUGGUCCCGAUACUUUUUCCACAUUUGAAAUUCAAGUUACACACCUAAAAACGCACAAGUUGAUACAGGUCUGCUAACAAGUUGUUACAAAUCUGUUCACAAGUUGUCGACAAGUUGUGUUCGCACUGCUUGUUCCCAGUUGUUGUAACAAGUUUGGAACAAGCUGUUAACAACUUGUAACAAGCUUGAUGACAUUAUCAGACUUGUUACAAGGUUGUUCUAACAAGUCUGAUAGAGUCAUGAUAUACCAAGACGACACAAGGUUGUAACAAUAUUGCUAUAUCAUGACUGUAUCGGACUUGUUGGAACAACCUUGCAACAAGUCUGAUAAUAUCAACAAGGUUGUUACAAGUUGUUCACAGCUUGUUCCAAACUUGUUGACAACUUGGGACAAGCAGUGCGAACACAAUUUGUUGACAACUUGUUGGCAGACUUGCUACAAGAUGUGAGAUUUUUCCGUGUGUAGAUGUAGAUAUCUCUAAUUCAUUGUAUUUUAUCACAGUCGAAUGUUCACAUUGAAAGAAAACAAGAGGACAAAGAAAUGGCAAUCGAAAGAAGUUUGUAUGGGUGACAGUUCGUAUUGUAAUGGACCCGGGAUCUCGGGCGAUUACGCGACGAUGAUAUUAUCUUUUGGAGAGGAUGAAUCUGGUAUAUCGUAGUGAUUUUUAUUAUCCUGUAUCGUUCACUGUUUUCUUUUUAUUCUCAAAACUUUCCGUGUUUGGCAGAAUCAAACUGGAAGCAUUCUGUGAAUAAGGGAAAUUAUACACAAUUCAAAAAAGGUUGUCCUUUGCAAACCUUAAACUGUAAACCUUAAACUCAAAGCGUGCAAAGCAUAAUCAUGAGAGCAUCACUUAAUGAGUUUAGUAAUGGCGUCUCUAAAUAACGUUUUAUAGUGAUCCUUUAAAUAAAGUUUUACCUACCUACCAUCAUAUAUGGAGCCCAUUACUUAGAGACAUGGGUGGUAAAUAUCUCCUUACGACAACAAUUCAUUCACAAAUAGCUGCAAUAUUUAACUACUAAGUUUGAAACUUGUGCUCCUAUUAAGUUUUGUGCGCUUAGAGUUCAAGGUUUAAUGCUUAGAGUUUAAGGUUUGCAAAGGACACUUUUUUUUAAAUUGGCUGUAUAAUCAAACAACUGGAUAACCGCUGUACUAAGCAACCAGAUACUUUGUUAUUUUUAGGUGAAUUAUACUUCGCGUCAACAGCAUUUACAGACAACGAGGCAAGAAAGGGAGCUGUCUAUCAACUUUUUGACCCAGAAAGGUUUGAAUUAAAAUGAUAUUUCUGUAUUUAAAUUAGGAAAAGCUGGGUUUUGCUACCAUCGGUUGCCCUACAACACUAACUGUAACCCACUACAACGUUACGACCAGGGCAGGAAAAAGGAAUUUUCUGCAGACCAACGAGUAUUUUUGUGCAAAAUCCACAUGUGCAUAAACAUAUAGUGUCCUAGCGGACCAUGGUUAAAAAUUCAAGGAAUAAUGUCUGUCAACCAUAUGUUGUUGCGCCCAUAGUGGGACAUGGGUGUUAAGGUUUCCUUCAAAUUUUCAAUAGCAAAUCUUCAUUCAAAGUAAUUUCCUGCAGCUGUUUAACAUUUCCUGCGAGCAGUGUUCCCGUGCUCGCCUAUUUUGUCCACCCCUGGAGUUACGAUCCUGUAACAUCUAAGAUCUUGUUGCAUAUUGUUGCGUGGUGUUAUAAGGACAAUUCGUUUUUGUCUUUUCUAGACGUACCGAUCCAUCUCAAUGUACAUUCACCGUCAAGGAACCGGUUAGACCUGUUUGCAGUAACCGGAAAGCAAGCGGCAUUUGUGACAUAUAUAGACGUCUCGGAUUCUGCAAGAAAAGCUAUGUUAAAUAUAUGACAAGGAAUUGUAAGCUCGCUUGUGGGCUGUGUUCAUAAACUGCUGUGACUCAUGUAUAAAAGAUGAAAACGUACCCAUAUAUAUUGAGAUUAAGUAAAAUUUGUGCUUGGAUGUUUUGAAUAUGCUUUGGGCUUUAAAAUUGAGCGUUUUCCUGUAAAAGACUUGGACAUAAAAGUCUACAUGGUUAAACCACAAUUUGAUAUUUGAACUGUCUUAUAUCAGUAAAAAGGAAAUAAAUAAUAUUUUUUAGUAUUGAACUGUCUCUAAGCCUCAUUUUGUAUAAUUUCUUGGAAUUUGUGG